AUUUACUUCCAGGAUCUUAGUUCGCUUCCGCUCGUUCAUGUUGUUACCAAGCAUGGCCGUUUUACGCAAGCAAGGGAAAAUGGGAAUGGAAAUGGAGCAGAGUUAUGACAACGACGAAGAAGAGCAUGAAAAUGAAGAAGACGAGGAACAAUCAACAUCGAAGGGAGUAUCUGGAAAAAAAGUCGAUGAAUUUAAUUUGGACGAAGUGCUGCGUUUGGGAGGCACCAAAGCAGAUUAUGUUAUGCUGGCCUCUAUAAACGAUUCCCAAGAGCUUGUUGACGGUGGAAAGAAAGAUAUCAUUGAUGAUCUGAAAAAGGGGGAGCUGCAGGACUUCAUCACCAAGCUCGGCAUCCGCGCAUACUCUGAGCAAUUCCAAAUCAUAGCCGAUGAUUCUGCUGAGCUGGAGGACUCUACGAAUACUCAUACAAAAAAUAAAUUAACAGAAGAAAAAAAGGGGAAACCAGAGAAAGUAAAAGGGCCCCAGAAAGAUAAAGAGCAGCAAGGUGCUGAGGGGAAGAAGAAGACAAAAAAAGCCAAAGAGCAGGUCAGUGCUACUGUUCGGGGGAAGAAGGAAAAGCAGAAUGCUGACCUAUUUGAGUUCCACAAAAGGCAGCUGCUGCUCAUAAAACCAGGUGGGAAGUGGUUUGAGCAGGAGUACACCAACGAGAAAGACUUCGCCCCUCAGGAAGAGGCUCUGGUUGCCCAGUACAAGGCCCUGGCCCAGAAGCUGCUGGAGGCCGAUGCCGACCUCUUCAAAAACAAGAAGAACGCUCAGAAGGGCGCCAACUCGGGGUGGAUGAAGACGGUGGUCUCCACGGGGACGCUGGCCGACAGGAUGGCGGCCAUGACACUGCUGAUCCAGGACGCUCCGGUCCACAGCCUGCAGUUCGUGGAGAACCUGGUCUCGCUGGUCAAGAAGAAGGGCGGCCGCCGGCAGAGCCUGAUGGCCCUGGACACCCUGCGGGAGCUCCUGCUGUCCGACCUGCUCCCGGAGCACCGCAAGCUGAGGACCUUCUCCCAGCGGCCCUUCGACAGGCUGGAGGAGCUGGCCAGCGGGAACCGCGACGCCCGCGACCGGCGGCUCAUCCUCUGGUACUACGAGCACCUCCUCAAGCACCAGGUGGCCGAGUUCGUGGUGGCGCUGGACGCCCUGGCCCACGACACGGUGCCCGCCACCAAAGCCCGCGCCCUGACCACCGCCCACGAGCUGCUCUGCAGCCGGCCCGAGCAGGAGAGGGCCCUGCUCGCCCAGGUGGUGAACAAGCUGGGCGACCCCGAGUACAAGAUGGCCUCCAAGGCCUCCUACCUGCUGGAGACCCUGCUGCACUCGCACCCCAACAUGAAGGUGGUGGUGUGCGGCGAGGUGGAGCGCCUGAUGUUCAGGCCCAACGUCCACGCCAAGGCGCAGUACUACGCCGUCUGCUUCCUCAACCAGGUCCUGCUGAGCCACGAGGAGGCCGACCUGGCCGGCAAGCUCAUCACCAUCUACUUCUCCUUCUUCCGCGCCUGCAUCAAGAACAAGGACGUGGAGUCCAAGAUGCUGAGCGCGCUGCUGUCGGGUGUGAACAGGGCCUACCCCUACGCCCGGACGGGGGACGACAAGAUCAAGGAGCAGCUGGACACGCUGUUUAAAGUGGUGCACAUAGUCAAAUUUAACACUGCUGUUCAAGCACUUAUGCUGCUCUUCCAGGUAAUGGACUCUCAACAGACCAUCUCUGACCGGUACUAUGUCGCGCUGUACAGGAAGCUUAUGGACCCUGGGCUCCACAUGUGCUCGAAGCAGGGCAUGUUCCUCAACCUGCUGUACAAGUCUCUGAAGGUGGACAUCGUCCUGCGCCGCGUCAAGGCCUUCGUGAAGAGGCUGCUGCAGGUCUGCUGCGAGCAGAACCCCACCUUCGCCUGCGGGGCCCUCUUCCUGGUGUCAGAGGUGAUGAAGGCCAAGCCGGGCCUCAGGCUCCUGCUGCAGGAGAACCAGGAUAGCGAGGAGGAGAAGUUCAAAGACCUUGACGAGGAUGAUGACGAAGAAGAGCGGUUUACGGAUGCCGAUAAGGUGGAGGAAGGGAAGGAGCAGGAACCGAAAGCGCCGAGUCAGGCCGUGUCCUGGGUGCAUCACCAAAACAUGGACGGUGGGAAAAAAAUGGAGGCCUAUGACCCCUGGCACAGAAACCCCUUGUUUUGUGGGGCGGACCAUGCCAUUCUGUGGGAGCUGAAGAAGCUUUCGGCUCAUUUCCAUCCGUCGGUAGCCCUAUUUGCCAAGACCAUUUUACAGGGUGAGUUCAUCACGUACACAGGGGACCCUCUCCAGGACUUCACUCUGAUCAGGUUCCUUGAUCGAUUCGUCUUCAGGAAUCCCAAACAGAAGAAAUCUAGAGAAAAUACAGACAGCUCUGUUAUGCAGCCCAAACUGAAGCUGUCCAUGAACAACGUCCGAGCUUUGCCAGUCAACUGUGAGGCGUUCCUGGCCAAGGAGGAAAGCCAGAUUCCUGUGGAUGAGGUGUUCUUCUAUCGGUUCUUCAAAAAACGGGAGUCGGAGAAGCAGCUCCGUCGGCCGCGGGGCGACGGGGACAACGAGAGCGUAGAGGACGUCGACGACGACGAGUUCGAGAAGGCGCUCGAUUCAUUUGAAGGGGACAGUUACUUCACGGACCUUAAGGAUGACAGUCUGGACUUUGCUGGCAACGUUAAGGGCAAGUCCCAAAAGGACAGGAAGGGUGAUGACCUCUCUGAUGACUCUGACGACCUGGAUGAAGAUGACCUGGACGAUGAGGAGGUGUCUCUGGGCAGCAUGGAUCAGGAGGACUUCGGGGACGUGCUGGAGGAGGAGGGAGGGGCCUUCAUGGACGUAGGAGGAGAGGAUGAGGAGGAAGAAGUGGCAGAUUCAGGUGAGGAGAUGGAGGAAGUCAUGGAAACAAGUUCAAUUUCCAAAAAAGGCAAGAGGAAGAAGUCUGGGGACUUGGACUUUGUUGCCUCUAUGGGAUCAAAACAAGGACGGAAGAAGACGAAAACCAUGAAGGAAGAUGGUGGCAUGUUUGCUUCUGCUGAGGAGUUUGGGUAUCUGCUGGAUGAACAUGUAGGAUCCAAGUUUGACAACGUUGGCAUCAACGCCAUGGCAAACCGAGACAAAGCAGGCAUCAAACAGCUGAAAUGGGAGGCGCGCAGGGACGACUGGAUCCGAGGAAGAGACGUGAAGACCCUGCGGAGGAAGAAGGCCGCGUUUAACAAACGGACGCAGUUCGGCAAGUUCAAGGGCAGCAAAAAGAAUACCAAGAAAUAACAUUUGCACGUCCUGCCGCAGAGGGGCCGUUGUGACCCGCUCUCCGGGUUCCUCUCGCCUCCGCCAAGCUCACCCCUAGGACUUCUUGGCAGACCACGCCUCCUGGUCGCCCUCCCGAAUUCCGUAGACUCCCGCCCACUCGUUGGACUUGUAAUAGACUGAAAGGAGGGGCGGGUGUCGAAAGAUGAGAGACUGAGACUACACAAAAAAAACAUUUCAUCACGAGAAGCACAUGGAUAUUGUUUGUGGUUCGACAAACCCUGGACGGAUGCAACGCUCGAUCACCCCAGACCAUCCGUGUGAAAGGCCCGAGCCAGUUGGCUAUUUUUGCUGAAAAAUAAAUAUUACCCACAUAUUUCUGUGGCUGAAAUUAAGCGUGCCCCAGUAAAAAAUAUCUGAUGGCGUUGGUCAUGGCAAAGGUAAUCUUUAAGGAAUGAUUGUGUUGCUGUCAAUGUUUUAUAUUUAAAGUUGUAUUAAAAAAAACCUUAGAACA